CUAGAACAAACCAAGUAGCCUAGCCUAUUCCGAUCUGACGUUUGAGUUGCGAGUGCGACACCGCUCUGAGUUGAACUGGCAGUCCAAACUUCAUGAACAGGUAGAGUAAAGUGAGAGAGAGAAAGAAGAGCUGGUCAUGGAGAUAGAGCAACUGAAAGAGCAACAUGAGACUCUGAGAAGUGUCCUGAAGGAGCAACAGCAAGAGAUUGAUCGCCUCAAGUCUCUGACCACUAUUCCUGAGAAAAAUGAACGAGCGUUGAUCAAGAUCCAACAGCUGAAGAAGGAGCAAGAGGAGUUGAGAGGGAGGGUUGAGAUCCAAAGUGUGGAGAUUGCACAGAUGACCCCAAGGCUCAAAUCUGAGCAGGAGACCCGCAGACUGAAAGAUUACAUUCAGCUUCUACAGGUCAGCACACUCAGCAGAGUAAUCAAUGAGAAUUAAUGCUUUUAACACACAUACGCUCUUUAAAAGACUAGUUGGCCAAUUCAUUCAACGUCAUGGAAUCUGCAGGAGGCUCGGACACAGUUGCACCAGGAGCAGCAGGCUUCCCACAAUACCCGCAGACGUGCAGAGAAAGCCGAGAGGGAACUGGAGGAGGUCUAUGAGCGCAUGGAGAGCAUUUCCAUGACGUCUGCUCAGACCAAGAAGAAGAGCAGCAAACCAGAGAUGCAACUUUUAGAGUUACGCAGAAUCACUGAGGAGAAAGAAAACAUAGCAGAGAUGGCUAAAGUAGAAAAUGAGGAGUUGUCCAGAGAAAAUCAGGACCUCAGAAGAGAUAUUGAGAGACUUCGCAAGGAGUUCACUGACCUCCAGGCUGCACCAGUGUCCUUGGAGCAUCCCAGUCCUUAUGGAUCUCCAACUGACCCCACCCCCACUGAGGAGCAGCAGCUAGAUGUACUGUCUGCCUGUCUCCCCUCUGGGAACCACUAUGAGACCCCAGACACUGCUCCAAACUUCGAGGUGGAAGAGUUGUCCUUGCAGUGUCGUCACUGCCAUGAGUGGUUCCCUGGCAUCACCCAGGAUGAGCUGGAGCUGCACGAGGACAGCCACAGACUGUGCCCCUUCUGCACCCUCAUCUGUGACAGAAUGGAGCAUGCUAUAUUUGAAGACCACGUCUUCAGCCAUGAGGUAUAGAGAUGCCACAUCCUCACAACCAUUCAUACAGAGAGUUGCUGAGAGUAGACUAAAUCUGAUACUCUACGGAUGAUGUUCCUAACAACCCAUCAUACAGAGAGUUGCUGAGAGUAGACUAAAUCUGAUACUCUACGGAUGAUGUUCCUAACAACCCAUCAUACAGAGUUGCUGAGAGCAGACUAAAUCUGAUACUCUACGGAUGAUGUUCCUAACAACCCAUCAUACAGAGAGUUGCUGAGAGUAGACUAAAUCUGAUACUCUACGGAUGAUGUUCCUAACAACCCAUCUAGAACAUUCUAAAACAAACAUUUAUAUCCCCCUGUUCGUAAAUGUCUUCAUGUCUUAGACUGUCCAUUCUUAAUUUCAGUCCUGGAGUAGAGAUUUGCCUCCAUUGCUGGUCAAUAGGAAUGUUAUGCUUUGCUAUUUAAUGGUUUCUCUAUUGAUAUAAACUACAUUUAGUUUGGCUUAUUGCACUACACUGUCACGGGCUGGCUCGAAGAACAACAGGAGAGGUAGAGUCAGGCACACGAGACAGAGAGUUUGUGACCACACUUCUUUAUUUGAAGCAACUGGAUGUGGUCGCCAAAAGUAUAGGGGCGCAGCCCUUAAAUAUUCUGUGGUGGUGUACACAAAGAAAAUAAACCACUGGCAGAGGGAAAACUCAGUACACGUUCUUUUAGCACAAAACCCCGGACAAGCAACACAAUCACGUACAACCACAUACAUCCUACACUAACCUAAAUAACCCCCCCUUACUAAUGACUAACCCAAAACAGGUGCGUGCCUACCUAGACCUAACCAA